AGGCAACAGCAAGGUGAUAGGGAGAAUUGGAAGACACAGAAAAAGAAUGAUUUGCAUGGGGAUAACUGAUGGAGGAAUCAACACCCUCAAGAAAGGAGGAUAAGAAAAGAUUCAGAGCAGAGGUAGAGAGAUUGGCCUUAAACAAGAGAAGAAUUUUUUUUUGGAGGAAGGCAACAGCAAGGUGAUAGGGAGAAUUGGAAGACACAGAAAAAGAAUGAUUUGCAUGGGGAUAACUGAUGGAGGAAUCAACACACUCAAGGAGGAUAAGAAAAGAUUCAGAGCAGAGGUAGAGAGAUUGGCCUUAAACAAGAGAAGAAAAAGGAGGUUCACAAGCUAUUUACAGUAUUUCAGAAAGCCUUCUGGAAAUUGCAGUUAAUAGAAUGUCAAGUUUCUUUACUUUUUGCAGGCAUUAACUCAACCCUUUGGGUUAACACUGGUUAUUGCAUGUUGAUCAGAAAUUCUAAUUUGCUGUUGAUGACAUCAUAGAAAUGUCGAGGAUGUGAUUGGCAGACCAUAUAUUGUUGGCAGAGUUAUCUGGUUUUUACAAUAUCUAAUUCUUACAACAAUGUGAUCAACCUCCGAUCAGAAUGACAGUCAAAAUUAAAAGACUAUUUGCAGGGAACAGUGCCUAAGUGUUUGUACACUUAUUUAACUUUAUUGCUUAUUAGCAUUACAUCCAUGACAGUGAUGUAUGUGAUUUCAUAUAAGUGACAAAAUCUUUCAAGAUAUGAAGUCCAUGGAUGAAAACAUAAUAAAGAGUCCUUGGAUGAAGAGAAUGGGAAUGAGUAGACAAGAUCUCUACAGUCCCUUCAUAUCUAAUAUUCUAUAAUUUUAAGAGGGGCCUAUAAGCACAAGUUCAGGAAUGGCUAAAUGGGAAAGUUGUAAAGAAUACUUGACAACACCCCAACUAAACAAUGACUCACUCUAAACAAGGCAAGGCAAGUAGAAUGGCAAGCAAUGUAAAUAACCAUUCCCAUCUGGAAGGCAGCACAAGAAAAACCAUUUAAAAAAGGGGUGGGGUGGGAGGGAGAGGAGAGUAGGGAUAACAAGUGCUUUAUUAAGGAAAUGGAGUGCUGGCUUUAUUGAGAAUCACAAAACAUUAACCAACGUUAGCAGCGGGGAUGAUUGUCAUAAGCACAUUAAAAACAAUUUUUUUUGGCUGGGCGUGGUGGCUCACGCCUGUAAUCCCAGCACUUUGGGAGGCCGAGAUGGGCAGAUCACUUGAGGUCAGAAGUUCCAGACCAGCCUGACCAAAAUGGUGAAACCCCUGUCUCUAUUAAAAUACAAAAAUCAGCCGAGUGUGGUGGCGGGCACCUGCAAUCUCAGCUACUCGGCAGGCUCAGGCAGGACAAUCAUUUGAACCCAAAAGGGGGAGGCUGCAGUGAGCGAAAAUCACGCCACUGCACUAGAGCUUGGGCGACAGAGUGAGACUCCCUCUCAAAAAAAAAGAAUUUUUUUUGGCACAUCGACCUAGUCAAACUUGUGUAAAUACAAGUGAGAGUCAGGCUCUUUUCUCAUCAACACCUACACUAAGUUAGGCUCCUUCUGUACCUUCCACUCGGAGCUUUGGUGUACUUUUACCCACCAGAACUGGGCAAACUGAGGACAUUAAAAAAAUGGUUUAAGAGAAACUGGCCAAAGCAGUGAGUUAAGUGUUAAGACUGGUCUUACUCCUGGGUUGGAUGCCAGCAAUCCAUCGGCCAGCACCAUCAACUGGAUCCAUCAAUCCAAUCUGGCCAGCACCCAGGGGCAGCCAGACUGACCAGCCAGGCCACGGAUAGCCAGACAAUAAUCGACCUUACGGUGUCCUUCGCAUCCCGCUGGGCGGGUUCUGGGAGUAGAAGGCUGAGAAAGGGGAGUGUUGGGGAAGGAAGGAGUGGGACGAUGUGUACCUUUCUCCCGGAACUGUAGUUCUAUUGCCCCAACCUGGGCUCAGGUAGCGGCCAGUAAACUAGGAGACAGCCCUAAGGCUCGCGUCCGGGCCAGGCGGGUGCCCCUAGUACUCUCUCCUCUCACCCCCAUGGCUCUGCCGCAGCCGCCGCCGCCCGCCGGGGCGCGUGACCCGGUGACCCCGGAGCACUGGGCAUCCGGACCCCCCUCGCAGGCGCAGCCGCUAUUAAGGCAGGAGGCUAAAGAGGAGGAGGAAGGGGAGGAGACAGGCGUCCAGGGCGCCUGGGGAACCGGCACGGCGGAGCAGCGGCGGCGGGGCUGGGGGGAGGCCGCCGAGUCGGCAGCGGCCGAGGAGGGGCAGGCGGAGGUCGGGGGCGCCGCGGCCGCGGGGUCAGGUUCCCCGGCGGGAGGCGCGGGUGGCGGCCUAGGGAGCUGGCGGCCGCUCCUCGCCUGGCUGCAGCGGCGGCAGCCCCAGUGCUGCCCCUGUGCGGCGCCCCUUCCCCGCUCCGCCGCGCACUGUUGUCAUGGAGGAACCAAGAUGGCGGCUCUGGCCUACAACCUGGGCAAGCGGGAGAUCAACCACUACUUCAGCGUGAGGAGCGCCAAGGUGCUGGCGCUGGUGGCCGUGCUGCUGCUCGCAGCGUGCCACCUCGCCUCCCGCCGCUACCGAGGCAAUGAUUCGUGUGAAUACCUUCUCUCAAGUGGCAGAUUUCUUGGAGAGAAAGUUUGGCAACCUCACAGUUGUAUGAUGCAUAAAUACAAAAUCAGUGAAGCAAAGAACUGCCUUGUAGAUAAACAUAUUGCAUUUAUUGGAGAUUCCAGAAUUCGUCAGUUGUUUUAUUCUUUUGUAAAAAUAAUUAAUCCCCAAUUCAAAGAAGAAGGAAAUAAGCAUGAAAACAUUCCUUUUGAAGACAAGACUGCAUCAGUUAAAGUGGAUUUUCUGUGGCAGCCUGAAGUUAAUGGUUCUAUGAAACAGUGUAUCAAAGUGUGGACUGAGGAUUCCAUUGCAAAGCCACAUGUGAUUGUAGCAGGAGCUGCCACAUGGUCCAUCAAGAUUCACAAUGGUAGCAGUGAAGCGCUUUCUCAAUAUAAAAUGAACAUUACCUCCAUAGCACCACUUUUAGAAAAAUUGGCAAAGACUAGUGAUGUUUAUUGGGUCUUACAAGAUCCUGUUUAUGAAGAUCUAUUAAGUGAAAAUAGGAAGAUGAUCACUAAUGAGAAGAUAGACGCUUACAAUGAAGCUGCAGUCAGUGUUUUGAAUAGUAGCACCAGAAAUUCUAAAUCAAAUGUUAAGAUGUUCAGUGUUUCCAAAUUAAUUGCCCAAGAAACCAUCAUGGAAUCUUUGGAUGGCUUACAUCUUCCUGAAUCAAGCAGAGAAACUAGUGCAAUGAUUCUUAUGAACGUGUAUUGCAAUAAGAUUUUGAAGCCUGUAGAUGGGUCCUGUUGUCAGCCUCGGCCUCCUGUUACUCUCAUACAGAAGCUAGCUGCUUGUUUUUUCACUUUAUCUAUUAUCGGAUAUUUAAUUUUUUACAUAAUUCAUCGUAAUGCUCAUCGGAAGAAUAAGCCGUGUACAGAUUUGGAAAGUGGAGAGGAAAAGAAAAAUAUUAUCAAUACCCCUGUGUCUUCAUUAGAAAUACUUUUACAGUCUUUCUGCAAACUUGGCCUGAUUAUGGCAUAUUUCUAUAUGUGUGACCGUGCAAAUCUGUUCAUGAAGGAAAACAAAUUUUAUACACAUUCUUCUUUCUUUAUUCCAAUUAUCUACAUUUUGGUUUUGGGAGUAUUUUAUAAUGAAAAUACUAAAGAGACUAAAGUAUUAAAUAGAGAACAAACAGACGAAUGGAAAGGCUGGAUGCAACUUGUGAUUUUGAUUUAUCACAUUUCUGGAGCAAGUACAUUUUUGCCUGUAUACAUGCACAUUCGAGUUCUGGUUGCCGCAUAUUUAUUUCAGACAGGGUAUGGGCAUUUCUCAUACUUCUGGAUCAAAGGAGAUUUUGGAAUCCAUAGAGUAUGUCAGGUUUUAUUUCGUCUCAAUUUCCUGGUAGUGGUGUUAUGUAUAGUAAUGGAUCGACCUUAUCAAUUCUAUUACUUUGUCCCCUUGGUCACUGUAUGGUUCAUGGUCAUAUAUGUUACUUUAGCACUAUGGCCACAAAUAAUCCAAAAAAAAGCAAACGGAAAUUGUUUCUGGCAUUUUGGCUUACUGUUGAAACUAGGCUUUUUGCUGUUAUUCAUAUGUUUUUUGGCAUAUUCUCAGGGUGCAUUUGAGAAGAUCUUUUCUCUUUGGCCAUUGUCCAAGUGUUUUGAACUGAAAGGGAAUGUAUAUGAAUGGUGGUUCAGAUGGAGGUUAGACCGUUAUGUAGUUUUCCAUGGAAUGCUGUUUGCUUUCAUUUAUCUGGCUUUGCAGAAGCGUCAAAUACUUUCUGAAGGAAAGGGUGAACCUCUUUUUUCAAACAAAAUUUCAAAUUUUCUAUUGUUUAUUUCAGUAGUUUCUUUCUUGACCUAUUCCAUCUGGGCUAGCAGUUGUAAAAACAAAGCAGAGUGCAAUGAACUCCAUCCAUCUGUUUCUGUGGUACAGAUUUUAGCCUUCAUCCUAAUAAGAAACAUCCCUGGAUAUGCCCGUUCAGUUUACAGUUCAUUUUUUGCUUGGUUUGGAAAAAUUUCAUUAGAGACCCUGUCACUGGGAGAGACAAAGUGAUGGAAGAACAUUUAGUUGAAGUCUGAGGAAUCCAGUACUUUCAAAGUAUGUAAUGCAUAAGGCACAUGGAACUGGAGCCUUUUCUCAGAGACUGCAAAAUUUAAAAUGGAAACUAUAAAGAAGUAAUACCUGGGCCAGAAUAUCCAGGAAAAGUUUUAGAGUAACGGGAGAAGUGGGAUUUGUAAAGUUGUAUAUUUGGAUAUAUUAUUAAGUUACACUAAUAUCAGUGUGGAAUGGAUGCAAGAAUAUAUAGAUUAAUGGAUAGAAUCAGAAGCAUAAAAACAGAUUUUAUCAAAAGAUAUUAGAAUAAGGUAAUGGUUUGAUUUCACAUUACUGGGGAAACGUAGAAAUAUUCUUUAAAUAGCCCUGGGACUAUUGCUUAAUUGAGGGGUGAGAGUGAUAAAUUCCCAUUCUUACUCUGUAUACCAAAAGAAAUGUAAAAUGAUUAAUAGGUUUAAAGGCAUGUAAUAUAAACAGUAGAAAAUAUAGGUGAACAUCUCAUUCUUAGAUGAGAAAUGACCCAUUAAGGCUAAAGGGUAAAACCAGAAUUGCUACAUCUAUUACAUGAAAAUUAAAAAUUUCAGUAUGCCAAAAAACAUAAUAGAAAAAAUACAAGUGGGAACAUUUUAGAACAUUAAUAUUUGAUACAAAUUUAAUGUCCUGGUUCAUGAGCAGCCUGGCCAAUAUGGCAAAACCCCAUCUCUACUAAAAAUACAAAAAAUUAGCCAGGUGUGGUGGUGGGGGCCUGUAAUUCCAGCUAUGUGGGAGGCUGAGGCAGGAGAAUCGUCUGAACCCAGGAGGCGGAAGUUGCAAUGAGCCGAGAUCACACUAUUGCACUCCAGCCUGGGCAACAAGAGCGAAACUCCGCCUCAAAAAAAAUUAAUAUCCUGGGUAUAUAGAGAGCUCUUAUAGUUUAGAAACACCAAGCUGUUUUCCAAAUUUCAGUUGGUUCCUAAUUCUAUACAGAAGGUCACUUCAUUCAAAUACCUCAAUAUUCAUUACAUAAAUAAUUUAACUUGGAAGAACAUCAGGAAACCACAGUACUCAAAGUUAGGCUUUCUAUGGAUGCUUUUUGGGAAUUGCAGGGAGGGGAAAGAUUUUUUAAUGGCCACUGUUUAGUUAUGCCUUCCUUAAACAUUUUCCAGACUAAAAUUAAUUAAGACUAGGUUAUAUUGAGCAGAACUUUGGAACCUAAAUGGCCCAUCUGUCUGUCUGAGAGCACAGAUUCAAUUUUUUUUUUUUUCCUAAAGAGAACCUUGGUCAAACUCUAGAGUAUUCUCUCAGAAACUACUGAUUAUUAAACUCAAGUUUGCCUAAGAGAUGUCACUCCUACACCAGCUUAAUGUCUCAUUAAGACUGUUUUUCCUAGAACCCUAGGGUGGCUGAACUCCAGUCAUGAACCCUCAGCUAGCUAAUAUCUAUCUUCUAUGGGUUUGACUGUGGUUAACAGUAUUUAUAAAGGAAUAUUAGGGAUUUGCUUUUUAUCACGUCCUCAGAUACUUUAGAAUGUACCUGAUAAUUAAGUCUGGCAAGCACCUAGCAAAGACCGCCUGGACAGUAACUUCCUGACUUACCCCUAGAAUUUCUCUUGAGUUUGAAGCCAUUGGUUAGCAUUGCGGGACAUUCUAUAAACAAUUCUAUGAAACUCAUUGUGUCAACUGUAGGAAUGUUGAUUACAUCACACAAUGGGCUCUUUUUGUGGAGUCUGAAGUUAUUUCAUUCUGACCUUACUGUAAUAUUUGCACCUCUUCUAAACAGUUCAUUUGCUACUAUCUUAGGUACAUUGUGAGUUGGCUUUUUAUGUUUGCCGAUAAGAAGCAAGAGCUAAAUUUGUGCUCCAUCCAGAAAACAGGGUACUUUGGUAUUAUUUAUAUUAGUCUCAUUCUUGAUCCCUUUUUCCUUCUCAUAUACUUCAGAUGAUAUUAUUUGGCUAUAUUUUGCCUAGCCUUGUAAGCCAUCUUACAUUCUUUUUUGAAAUGAGGCAGUCUGGUAGUCCUAAGUGUUUCUUCAGACCACACCAGUCAGGAUGAUCAAGAGUCAUAGUAUAUACAAAUAGUAGUAGUAAUAUUUUUGCCUUACUGGUUAUGUUUGAAAAUCCUAGUCUUCUAAGUCAUUUAUCUCCUCAUUAGGGUCCCUGAGUUGCUCAUGAAAUGUCCCUAUACAAAUGUUCGCAGUUCUCUGCAAUUCUCUUUAUGAAAAUAAGGCUGAAAGUUCUCCUUAUCCUGUUCACCUCAUGUGUUUCUUUUCAGCCAAUACCGUUUCCUUUUUUUUUCUUUGAGAUUACCAAAAAUUCCAAUGGUAGCUAUGCCAUUUCCUUCUCUAACUGCCAGUUGUUUCCUCUUUUGAAAUUGCUGGCCUGUGGACCAGAUGUCAGGCUGCAAACUCAAGAUGUUGGUACACACUUGCCCUUAUGACGUAGCAGUAACCUCUUCUAUAGAUGCUUCUUACUGCCAUGUCAACAUGUUGCAGUCUGGGUGUGGUUUCAUUUUAGACCAGAUGGCCUCCUACUGGGAUGUAGUCUCAGCUGACCCCUUUUUCUUUUAUGCCAGAGAAUGCUGGAGGAUUCAGGAAAAUUCCUGUAUUUUACAGCUUAGUUUUCCUGGCCCUUCAGAAAAAUAUGAGACACUGAAACAACCUGAUAUGAUGGUGCCUAGAAGGAGUAAGGUCUUCCUUAUGCUCAACCCUAUCUUACAUACAAAGGCCUUUGUAGAAACAGCAGUAUCACCUUUAGGGGGGCUCUAUGCUAUGAAUUUCCAAUGAUGUAUGACAAAGUGAGUAGUGACCAAAUUGCUAGAGCAAUGAGUAGCAAGAAGGAACAUGGAACUUGAAGACGUUGAGUGGACCACGCAAGAAAAGAGGUUAUACUACCUCCCUCCUUACCCCCUUUUCCAAAUAUCCUAGAUGGAGGCAAUAUUAAAGAGGCGUCUUUCAUGCAAGGGUCAGAAAAGGCCUCUGUGGAGAUAAUAGUUAAGCUCUGGAAAACUCUUAUACAUAGCUAAGGAAUUUGAGGGAAAACAAUUUUUUUGGUGGUUUGGCCAAUUAGAGAAUGAAGCCAUAACUAAUUACUUGCCAUUUUCAAUUUUUUUCUUAAAAUGCCUGCUUAUUUUUUUUUAUCCUUAUGCAACUUAAGGGUUUGUCUUUUUCUUGGUAAUUUAGAAGUAUUCCUUGUAUAAUAAGGAUGACAACUCUGUCUAAUUUUGCAAACACUUUUCCCAGUUGCCACUUGUCUUCUGUUUUGACUGUUAUUUCUUACAUUUUUUGUUUUAUCAAAUCCAUACAUUUUUCAUUAAUAGCAUAACCCUUAUUUAGCCCCCCUCCCCUGCACCCCCGCUAAAAGCUGUCUACCAUUUUUAUCUUUUGGUAUGUGUCCAUAGCAGUAUCCCUAAAGUGUGGAAUGUGUUGCCCCCAGAACCCAAAAGAGCCUACCAGGCACUAGGAGCUUCUUUAUUUGCAGUAGGGAAUACAAGAUGCAGCAAUGUGUUUUUUAUUUUGAUGGACAUGUCUUGUCAUAGGCCUGACUGCUGGACUCUUAAAAAGUGUAAGUGGCAAGACUACUAGUCUUUUAAUGACUUAUUUCCCAUACUCUAGAGUACAUGUGUCUCACCAGGACCUCCAGUGUGAUAACCAGUUUAUGAGCAUGAUGUCCUCAACAUAAUCAACAUAAUAUCCUAUGGGAUGUUUAGAUAGUUUAGAUCUCUUCAGACUAUUUUAUGACACACAGCAAAAGAGUUACCAUAGUGAAGAAGCAAAUGAGUAUUUUUGUCUCUUUCAUGUGAAUGCAGACAAUUUCUGAUUAGAAUGGAAAGAACACAUUCAUUAAGCCAGUAGACAUGUACCUGAGGCCUUACUACUCUGCUCUAGCAAUGAAACUUGUGUCUGGCACAACAGUUGCAGUCCAGGCUACUGCUUGGUUGAGCUUGUUGUAGUGUACUGAUAUUCCUCAAGAUCCAUCUGGUUUCUACAGGGCCAGACUAAUGAAUUAAAGUGAUAUGAUAGGGACCACUAUCCUUGCAUUCUUUGGAUCUUUAAUGGUUGCACUAAUACCUUCCAUCACCCCUGGAAUAAGAAAUUGUAAUUUACCCUCUUUGGCAGUUGGGGAGGCAGUUUCAAAGUCUUCCACUUGGCCUUCAUCUUCUAUGAUAGCUCUUGCCCCUCAGGCAAAGGACCCAAUUGAGGCUAACUUCAAUUUUCAAGCAUGUAAAUUCCAAUUAUACAUUCAGGAAAUGACCACAGGGUCCUGGCUAAAGUAGUAGUAAAUGGGGUGCAUGGUCCAACAGGUUGGAUCCAUGGACGUAGUGAACCUAUUUUGGCCAGAACCCCAUUUACUACUUAGUCUUUGUGUGUGCCCACUCUGAAGGCCAUGAAAAUACUUUUGGUCUCCAUGUAUCAAUGUCAAAUAGUUAUCAAAAUGGCUGGUUACUCUCCUUUUAACAGCAACAAUCACAUUAGUAAAUGUCUGUAAAUCUAUGAGGGAAGAACUGAAGAAAGCUUUGCAGUACUGUAUAUAUUUGUCAUUGCAUCGCAGGGUUCUUUCUCUUGGGAAAUUGGCUAACUCUUUAGGUAAUGGGUUCCAGAUCUGAACAUAGUCUCAGAUCUGGGAAAUCAGCAAGGAAUUGCAGUGUUUCAUUGGGCUACAGCUCUCAGCCUCCUGCUCCUCUAUUCUUGCCUUCUGGUUGUAUAUGUUAAGUAACACAGUGAUUCCCUGCCCAUCUAUUUUUCCCCUAGAGACACCAUAUUCUAUUAUCUAUACUACUCCUUGCUGUUAAGACCCUUUAGCUACCCCCAAGACUCUAAUGGUAAAGCAACUCUGACAAUUAUGUGCCACUACCUGGCCUCCAUUGUUUUGGGGCCUAUCAACCCAUUGUGAAUAACAAGACUAGUUCUGUGUAUAUUCCCAACCCAUGUUUCAGAGUCCCAGGCUUCACAUAAGGGUCCUAAAUUUAGCGUAAUAGACCUGCCUUGGCUGAGCAUUUAAACACCUCUGGUGCUCUGUAACCCUAGUUAUUAAAUCCUGAACUUACUUCCCACUGAAGGUAUAGUUCCUCUUUGUAAGCAUCCUGAAAGAUCCUGUGGCUAUAAAACUUAGCUUAUGUCUGUUAACUGCCUUCAGCUUCUCAUCCUCCAUCUACAGGACAGUCAUACAACUGAGUGAUAACCCAUUGACUUAACUGUCCCUGUAGGUGCUGUUCCUCCCAAAACCUUCAAAUGCCUCAAUUGUCACAUUAGUAAGGGUGCUUCCCUCCACCAGGACAUUUUCCCAGGUCACCACUAAUGGAAAUUUCAGCAAUUAAGCUAUCACCUAUGCCAAGGACUUCAUGAUUCACAUUCUGCUUAAUAAGGGCUUCUCGUUGCCUGCCGAGCAUGAGUGAGCCAGUCUCCUAACCUCAUCUUACCAUAUACAUUCUCAGACCAUUCCAGGUACCAACUGUGUCACUUUGGGUUCCCUAGAAGCAGACAGAAUCAUAUGGGCAAUCCAUUUACUUAGGAAAAUACUUGUGAAGGAUAAAGGGGAAAGGUACCAGAGAUGGUCAGAGAAUUGGGUAAGAAGAGCUUCAGAAUGCAAUGCAGCUUCAAGAAAGUCUUGGCUAGGAUGAUGGGGAGCUCCAAAACCAAGAUUACCAUUGGAAGUGUCAAUCAUUGAGUGGGAAUGAGCUGGCUCUAGUACCGCUUCCAUGCCCAGUCAUUGGCUGGGAUCAGUAGCCCAGGGAGAGCCAGGACUUCCUCACAAUAGGUUUUUUGAAGGGAGAGCUGAGCGGCACAUUUUCACGUCAACCACAAAGAAUGAGGUGAGCAUUUAUAGUUAAUAACAAAUAAAUGCAGAAAUUUACAGUUAAAUUCAUGGGCUUCAUCAAAACGUCAGAAAUAAAACUAGGAAUAGAAUCGUGAAAAUUCUUAGUACAGUGUACAUAGAAUUUUAAGCAAGGAAAGAAGGGAAACAAAAUAUAAUUUAAUUUUUAUCUAAUUUCUGAUAUGGAAAGAAUAGCUCAAGCAUAUAAACAAAAGAAAGCAAAAUGAAUGUGAUUAUAAUACUUAUAAAAAAGAAAUAUUUCUUAGUCAAAAGAAAUGCUGCAAACAAAAUUGAGUCAAAUUGAAAAAAAAAUUGACAAAUAGACCACUUUUAACAAGAACUCUUACAAUUUUUUUUUUAAACACAGGUUUUCUCCAACUUAUGGCUGUUUCAUAGUUUAUGAUUCCAUAUAGUACUUUAAUUCCAUUACUUUGGUCUCCAUUACAUAAAUAGUUUAGCUUGGAGGGUGCAUCAGGAAGCAACACUGCUUAAAGCUAGGCAUUCUAAUGGAAGCUUUAUUGAGUUUUCUCUCUGUUUUUUUCAAAUGUGCCGUACUGGGCUUUUGGUUACACCUUCCUUAAACAUUUAACAGAGUAAAAUUUAUGAGUCUGUGCUAUAUGGAGCAGAAAUCUAGGCCCUCAAUUGACCAUUUGUUUGUGAUUAAGAGCAAAUUCAGUUUCUUCCUGAGGAGAACCUUAGCCAGGUCUUAACUACCCCUCGGCUCAUCAUGGUGUGGCAGUAUGAUGGCUCUUCUGGUUAGGCUUUUUAGCAUGCGGAAAUAUUUCUCCUAACCCUGGAGGAUCCUCUAGCAGUUUAUACUUCAAUUUGUACUCUCAAUCAUCCAAACAGAAUAGCUAUACUCCAGAUAUUUACCAGGGGUGUUAUACACUUUCACAUUUAUUCUACUAACUGUGAUGUUUAGUCUUACUGCUUCCAUCCUUUUUUUUUUAAAUCUUUCUGUUACAGAUUUAUUUCCUAUUGGAACCAAGUCUGUGAGUUCACACCCACAUGCCAGAUUUUGCUUCAUGAUUGUCAGAGGCUAGUACUCAUCCAUCUUGUUUUAUAUGUAUUUUUUGUUGACUGCUCUUUAUUAUAGUGAUUUAUUUUUCUCUUUUCUAACAUGUUGAAAUGGCCUAGUUUUUAUUUAUUUUCUAUUGAUUUGAGCCUCCUAUACCCUGCUUCUGUCAUACCAGUGGUUACCUUAUCUUUCUUCAGAAUCCUAAUAUUAUCUGAGUAGGGCCAUGUAAAAGAAAGACAUAUUAUUGAAACAAAAAUGAAAAUUGCCAUGAGCCCAUUUUUUUACCUCAUGAAGCAUGUGUACACUUCAUUUUUGGCAAGGUACUAGCCUUGAAAAUACCAAUGCAGUAAGGGGAUUUCAGAAAGAAGACACCAGAGAGUUUGUAAGCCCCUCUCUCUCAACAUUCUGGUCAUCUUUAAAAUACCAGGGAAGCUAUGUGGAGAGAACCGAAAUAGUAAUGUCUACUAUUGCCAGCCUAUGCCUGCUAGCUGCUUUUUUCAAAGGCAAGGUCCUUUAUUAUUUCCUUGUUAUGUAUGUAUUUUGAAUAGGGAAUAUAUUUAGAUGGUUCAAAAAUAAAAUAUUAAGGGCAGAUAGUGAAAAGUUUUAUUUUGCCUCUAGAAUUCCUCAUCUGCCUAGUUCCCAUGACUGCUGCUCCCCAACUACACAUAGCCAGUCUUACUAUAUUUUUAUAUAUUCUUACAGAGUUCCUUUAUACAUUAUAAGGAAAUGGAAAUAUAUAUUCCUUUAACAUUUAUCCUAAAUUAACUUAUAAAGUUCAUGUGAUUCCAACAUGAAUAUUGAUAGGUUUUUAAAGAAAUAAGCUUAUUCUGAAUUAUAUUUGGAAAAAUAAGAAUUGCAAGAAAACCUCUGAUUUAAAAGAAGAGCAGUAUGGGAGGGUACUUUCACCAGAAAUAAAAAUGUAUUAUUUUAUAACAUUGUGUGACAUAAUAUAAUAGAAAGCCUCUCUAAUUAAAACUGUGUGGAGCUGAUGCAUGCAUAGCUAGUGAUACAGAGUAAAAAGUACAUAAAUCGUCCCAUACAUGUCUAUGAAUUUAGUAUAUGCUAUAGGUAGUAACUCAAGUCAGUUGCAAAAAGAUGGAUUGUUUAAUAAAUAAUACUGGCAAGAAGGUUGUCAUUUUAAACAAAAUUAAGUUGGAUCCCUACCAUACAUCAUAAAAGUAUAGAAAAACUACAAAUGAUAUCCUGUAUUACUUUGGAAUGAUAAAGUAUUCUUUAUUCAAAAACUAUUCAAAAUCCAGAAGUCAUAAAAGAUUGACAAAAUCUGCUAUAUUAGAAAAAAUUUUUUUGCAAAGCAAAAACAAGUAAAUCCAAAGAUAGACUGAGAAAAGGCAUUUGUAUCUUAUAGAUAAAAGGCUAAUCUCCCCAAAAUACAAAGACUUCCUAGGCAUUGAUGAGAAAAGAACAAACGACAGAUAAGUGAAGUGGGUGCUAUGGUCUGAAUGUGUAUGAAUUAGUAUGUUGAAACCUAAUCACCAAUGUGAUGGUAUUUGGAGAUGGGGCCUUUGGGAGAUGAUUAGGUCAUGAGGGCAAACCCUCAUGAAUGGGAUUAUUGCCCUUAUAAAAGAAGCCCCAGGGAGUUUCCUUGCCCCUUCCACCGUGUGUGGACACAGAAAAUGGCCAUCUAGGAAUCAGGAAAUGGACCCUUUCCAGACAUCAACUCUACCAGCACUUUGAUCUUGUACUUCCUAGCCUUCCAUACUGUGAGAAAUAAAUUUCUGUUGUUCAUAAGCUACCCAGUCUCUGGUAUAUAUUAUAGCAGCCCAAAUGGACUAAGACAGAGGGGAAGCAGUAUAAGCAAACUGUUCACAGAAAGGGAAAUAUUAAUGCCUUUUAAAUAUAUGACAAGAUACAAGUUGAUAAGACACUGUGUUGAGUGAAGGUUAUGGCAGGACAGCACAGAUGCAUUGCUGUGGGAAUAUAAAUUCCUAGGGUCCCUAUGGAGGGCAUUCUAGAUACACAUAUUAAAAUAAAAAAUGUAUAUACCACAUCUGGUAAUUUAUACUCAUAUUGGUGGAAAAGGGUAUAUAAAUAAGGUCAUUCACUGCAGUAUUACUUGUAAUUGAUUGUACAAUUGAUAAUUGUAAUUGGAACUAAUAUCAUCAAUAAAGGAAUAGUGGAUUGAUGACGUGGUAACCAUAACUAUAUAACACCAUGUAGUGGUAACAAAGAACGGGGAGAUUAUGGGAAAUUUCCUAGGGAAAAAUCCCAAGGAAUAUUGCUAAGUGAAAAAAAAGUUUCAGAAAUCUGAGUAUAUUUUGUUUUUAAGAAGAGAGGGUCUCACUCACUCUGUCACCCAGGCUGGAGAGCAGUGGUGCAAUUUUGGCUCACUGCAGCCUCAAUCUCCUGGGCUCCAGUAAUCCUCCUGUCUCAGCCUCCCAAGUAGUUUGGCACCUCUGUGCUUGGCUAGUUUUUGAAUUUUUUGUAUAGAUAGGAGUCUAUCUAUGUUGUCCAGACUGGUCUCAAACUCCAGGCCUCAAGUGGUCCUCCCACCUCAGCCUCCCAAAGUACUAGGAUUACAGGUGUGAGCCACCACACCAGGCAUGAAGUGUGUCUCUUGUAGACAGCAUAUAGUUGGAUCAUUAAAAAAACUCCAUUCUACCAAUCUCUGACUUUUUUUUUUCUUUUUUGAGAUGGAGUCUUACUCUGUCGCCCAGGCUGGAGUGCAGUGGUGUGAUCUCGGCUCACUGCAAGGUCUGCCUCCUGGGUUCAUACCAUUCUUCUGUCUCAGCCUCCCAAGUAGCUGGGACUACGGGUGCCCGCCACCAUGCCCAGCUAAUUUUUUGUAUUUUUAGUAGAGACAGGGUUUCACCAUGUUAGACAGGAUGGUCUUGAUCUCCUGACCUUGUGAUCCACCUGCCUCAGCCUCCCAAAGUGCUGGGAUUACAGGCGUGAGCCACCGCACCUGGCCCAAUCUCUGACUUUUCAUUGCAAAGUUUAAUCCAUUUAAAAUACAAGGAUUUACUUCUGCCAUUUUAUUAAUUAUUUUCUGCCUGUCUUAUUAUUUUUUUUGUCCUCUAUUUCCUCCACUACUGCCUCUUUUCAUGUUUAGUUGAUUUUUCUGUAAUGAAAGGUUUUGAUUCCCUUCUCACUUAUUUUUGUGUACCUUCUAUAAUUAUUUUCUUUGUUAUUACUAUGGAACUCAUUUAACAUCCUAAAUUUGAAUUGAUAACUGCAAUAGCAUACAAAAUUUCUGCUUCUAUACAGCUGUAUCCCCUUUUAUGUUAUUGAUGUCACAAAUUACAUUUUUAUGCAUUGUGUGUCCAAUAAUAUAGAUUUAUGUUUUACACAUUUGUCUUUUUUUUGGGCGGGGAUGGAGUCUCCCUCUGUCACCCAGGCUGGAGUGCAGUGGCGUGAUCUCAGCUCACUGCAACAUCCACCUCCUAGGUUCAAGCGAUUCUCCUGCCCCAGCCUCCUGAGUAGCUGGGACUACAGACGUGCACCACCAUGCCCAGUUAAUUUUUCUAUUUUUAGUGGAGACGGGGUUUCACCAUGUUGGCCAGGCUGAUCUCCAACUCUGGACCUCAGGCGAUCCAACCACCUUGGCCUCCCAAAGUGCUGGGAUUACAGGAAUGAGUCACCAUGUCCAGCCCACGUUUGUCUUUUAAAUCAUGUAGAAAAUAAAAAGUGGAGAUAUAAAGCAAAAUUACAAUAGUAUCAGCUUUUUUAUUUGCUGAUGUAUUUAACUUUACUGGAGAUCUUUAUUUCUUUAUAUGGCUUUGAGUUACUGUUGAGUGUCCUUUACCCUGAAGUACUACCUUGAGCAGUUCUUGUAGGACAGAUCUAUUGGUAAGAGAAUGCUUCAGCUUUUCUUUAUCUGGAAAUAUCUUAAAUUCUCCUUUUUUUUUUUUUUUUUUUUUUUUUGAGACAGAGUCUCACUGUGUCACCCAGGCUGGAAAGCAAUAGUGCAAUCACAGCUCACUGCAGUCUUGACCUCCCAGGCUUAAGUGAUCCUCCCACUGCAGCCUCCCAAGUAGCUGGUACCACAGGCCCAUGCCACCCUGCCUGGCUAAUUGUUUAAUUUUUGUAGAGACAAGGUCUCCCUAUGUAGCCCAGGCUGAUCUUGAACUCCUGGGCUCAAGCAAUCCUCCUGCUUCAGCCUCCCAAAGUACUGGGAUUACAGGCAUGAGCCACCAUGUCCAGUCACACACUUCCCAUCCCCAUUUUUGAAGGACAGUUUGCCAGACAUAGAAUUCUUAGUUGACAGGUUCCCCACUGCCGCCACCCCUGCAGGAUGUAAUAACUAUGAGGAUCUUGAUCCAGAAAACCUAAACUGCCUUGAACUUAUUUUUAGUAGAAAUUUAGAUUUUAAGGGUGCUGCCAGUGAGGGCUCAAAAGAAAAUAAGAAACAGUAUUUGAACCUGCAUGAAGGGAGGUUCUUGUCAUGUAGUGGUAGAAAGCUUAGGGAAAUUGUUUCCUGGAAAUAGAACUCACAAAUGAUAAACUUAGAUACGUAGUUAAGGAUAUUUCCAAGCAAGAUAUUGAAGAUAUGCCUGGUUUGCUUACAGUAAAAAGUGAGAGAAAGGAGACAAAAAGUAACCAAGACUGUAUGACUUUUAAAAUUCCAGCUUCUCUGUGUAGCAAAAUAAGCCUAGAAUCAGAAAUGGCUGCCAAAAGUGUGGCACAAAAAGAUGGUCGAGUGUAUGACUGUACAACCUUUUACUAAAACCUGAAAAAAAAAUGGUCAGAAGAUGAAGUUGUAUAAAUGACACUUACAAGAGAUUAAGGUUGUGCCUUACAGAUCUUCCCAAACUAGGGGGCUUCUAGGAAACAUAAAAGUGGUGUCCCUCAGCAGGAGGCCAAAAUAGAGAAGGAAUUCUCUCAGAAACAUCUGGGAUUGUGGCUUUUGUCUAAUGAAGUUAAUAUCCAUGAAAUCCAUGGGAUGCCCUUAACAUUUUUUCUUUCAUUUUGACCUUGGAGAAUCUGAUGAUUAUGUGUCUUGGGGUUGAUCUUCUCCUGGAGUAUUUUACUGGGACUCUCUAGAUUUCCUAAAUUUGAAUGAGAUUACAGGCAUGAGCCACCAUGCCUGGCUAAUAAUUUUUAUCUUAAAGUUUAUUUUCCUGAUAUCAUAUUCCAGCUUUCUUUUGGUCAACAUUUUUCUGGAAUAUCUUUUCUUCUGUAAUUUCACUUUCAACUUAUUUGAGUCUCUGAAUCUCAAUUGUGUCUCUUGAAGACAACAUAUAGUUGGAUUAUGUUUUUUUGUUGACUUGGCUUGGUUGUUGGUGGUAUAUAGGAAUGCUAGUGAUUUUUGUACAUUGAUCAUUUCUCUAAUGAUCAGUGAUAUUGAACUUUUCUUCAUAUGCUUGGCCACUUGUAUGUCUUCUUUUGAAAAGUGUCAAUUUAUGUCCUUUGCCCACUUUUUAAUGGGGUUGUUUGUUUUUCUGUUGUAAAUUUGUUUAAGUUCCUUAUUGAUGCUGGAUAUUAGACCUUUGUUAGAUGCAUAGUUUGCAAGUAUUUUCUCCCAUUCUGUAGGUUGUCUGUUCACUUUGUUGACAGUUUCUUUUGCUGUGAAGAAGCUCUUAAGUUUAAUUAGAUCCCAUUUGUCAAUUUUUUGCUUUUGUUUUGAUUGCUUUUGGUGUCUUUGUCAUGAAAUCUUUGUCCAUUCCUAUGCCCAGGAUGGUAUUGCCUAGGUUGUCUUUCAGGGUUUUUAUAAUUUGGGGUUUUAUAUUUAAGCCUUUAGCCCAUCUUGAGUUGACUUUUUAUAUGGUGUAAGGAAGGAGACAAAUUCCAAUCUUCUGCACAUGGCUAGCCAGUUAUCCUAGCACCAUUUGUUGAAUAGGGAGUCUUUUCCCCAUUGUAUGUUUUGUCAGCUUUGUUGAUCAGAUGGUCAUAGGGGUGCAGGCUUAUAUCCUCUGUUCUGUUCCAUUGGCCUAUGUUCCUGUUUUUGUACCAGCACCAUGCUGUUUUGGCUACUGUAGCACUGUAGUAUAGUUUGAGGGGUCAGGUAACACAGUGCUUCCAGCACUGUUCUUUGUGCUUAGGACUGCUUUGGCUAUUCAGGCUCUUUUUUGGUUCCAUAUGAAUUUUAAAAUAGUUUUUUUCUAGUUCUGUGAAGAGUGUCAUUGGUAGUUUGAUGAGAAUAGCAUUGAAUCUGUAAAUUGCGUUGGGCAUUAUGCCCAUUUUAAUAAUAUUGGUCCUUCCCAUCCAUGAGCAUGGGAAGUUUUUCCAUUUGUUUGUGUCUUCUCUGAUUUCUUUGAGCAGUGUUUUGUAAUUCUCAUUGUAGAGAUCUUUCACCUCCCUGAUUAGCUGUAUCUUAGGUAUUUUAUCCUUUUUCUGGCAAUUGUGAAUGGAAUUGCCUUUCUGAUUUGGCUCGUGGCUUGGCUGUUGUUGGUGUAUAGGAAUGCUAGUGAUUUUCGUACAUUGAUUUUGCAUCCUGAAACUGCUGUAGUUGCUUAUUAGUGAAAGGAGCUUUUGGGCUGAGACUAUGGGGUUUUUCAGGAUGUAGAAUCAUGUUUGUCUGCAAACAGAAUAGUUUGAUUUCCACUUUUCUUGUUUGGAUGCCCUUUAUUUCUUUCUCUUUCUUGAUUGUUCUGGCUAGGACUUCCAGUACUAUGUUGAAUAGGAGUGAUGAGAGAGGGCAUUCUUGUCUUGUACUGAUUUUUAAGGAGAAUGCUUUCAGCUUUUGCCCAUUCAGUAUAAUGUUGGCUGUGGGUUUGUCAUAGAUGGCUGUCAUUAUUUUGAAGUAUGUUCCUUCAAUACGUAGUUUAUUGGGAGUUUUUAAUAUGAAGUGGUGUUGAAUUUUAUUGAAAGCCUUUUCUGCAUCUAUUGAGAUAACCAUAUGGUUUUUGUCUGCACUUUUGUUUAUGUGAUUAAUCACAUUUAUUGAUUUGUGUAUGUUGAACCAACUUUGAAUCCCAGGAUGAAACCACCUUGUUUGCGGUGGAUUAGCUUUUUGAUGUGCUGCUGGAUUCAGUUUGCAAGUAUUUUGUUGAGGAUUUUUGCAUCAAUAUUCAUCAAGGAUAUUGGCCUGCAGUUUUCUUUUUUGUUUUAUGUCUCUGACAGGUUUUGGUAUCAGGAUUAUGCUGGCCUCAUAGAAUGAGUUGAGGAGGAGUCCCACCUCCUUAAUUUUUUGGAAUAAUUUCUAUAGGAAUGAUACCAGCUCUUCUUUGUACAUCUGAUAGAAUUUGACUGUGAAUCCAUCAGGUCCAGGUCUUUUUUUGGUUGGUAGGCUACUUACUACUGAUUCAGUUUUGGAGCUUGUUAUUAGUCUGUUCAGGGAAUCAAUUUCUUCCUGAUUCAGUCUUGGGAGGAUAUAUGUGUCCAAGAAUUUAUCCAUCUCUUCUACAUUUUCUAGUUUGUGUGCAUAGAGGUAUUCAUAGUAGUUUCUGAUGGUUAUUUUUAUUUCUUUGUGGUCAGUGGUAACAUUCCCAUCAUCAUUUCUGAUUGUUUUAUUUGGAUCUUCUCUCUUUUCUCCUUUAUUAGUCCAGCUAGCAACCAUCUAUCUUAAUGAUUUAAAAAAAAAAAAAGCAGUUCCUGGGCCGGGUGUGGUGGCUCAUGUUUGUAAUCCCAGGACUUUAGGAGGCCAAGGCGGGCGGAUCACGAGUUCAGGAGAUCAAGACCAUCCUGGCUAACACGGUGAAACCCCAUCUCUACUAAAAAUACAAAAAAUUAGCCAGGCGUGGCAGCGGUUCCCUGUAGUCCCAGCUACUCAGGAAGCUGAGGCAGGAGAAUGGCAUGAACCCGGGAGGCAGAGCUUGCAGUGAGCCAAAAUCACGCCACUGCACUCCAGCCUGUAUGACAGAGGGAGACUCCAUCUCAAAACAAACAAACAAACAAACACCCCAAUUCCUGGAUUUGUUGAUCUUUGAAUGGUUUUUCAUGUCUCAGUCUCCUUCAGUUCAGCUCUAAUUUUGGUUGUUUCUUGUCUUCUGCUAGCUUUGGGGUUGAUUUGUUCUUGCGUCUUGAAUUCUUUCAGUUGUAAUGUUAAGUUGUUAAUUUAAGAUCUUCCCAACUUUUUGAUAUGGGCAUUUAGUGCUAUGAAUUUGCCUCUUAACACUGCCUUAGCUGUGUCCCAGAGAUUCUGGUAUGUUUUAUCUUUGUUUUAAUUAUUUUUAAAGAAUUUCUUGAUUUCCGCCUUAAUUUCAUUAUUUACCCAAAAGUCAUUAAGGAGCAUGUUGUUUAAUUUCCAUGUAAUUGCAUGGUUUUGAGUGAUUCUCUUAGUCUUAACAUCUGUUUCUUUGUGCUCUGGUCCCAGAGAGUGUUUGGUAUGAUUUCCAUUCUUUUGCAUUUGCUGAGGAUUGUUGUAUGUUCAAUUAUAUGGUCAAUUUUAGAGUAUGUGCCAUGUAGUGAUGAGAAUGCAUACUCUGUUUUUUUGGGUGGAGAGUUCUGUAGAGGUCCAUCAGAUCCAUUUGGUCCAAUGUUGAGUUCAUGUCCUGAAUAUCCUUGUUAAUUUUCUGCCUCAGUGAUCUGUCUAAUACUGUCAGUAGGACUCCCUUUAAUAUUUCUGGUAGGGCAGGCUUUCUAGCAUUUUUUUAGUUUGUGUUUAUCUGGGAAUGUCUUAAAUUCUUCUUCAGUUUUUCAAAAUAAGUUUGCUGGAUAUAAAAUCUUUGGUUGAUGAUUUUUUUCUCCCAAGGACUUUGAAUAUGUCAUCCCACUGCCUUCUUGCCUACAUGGUUUCUGAUGAGAAAUCUACUGUUAAUCUUGUUGAGGAGCCCUUGCACCUAUUGAAUUACAUUUUUCUUUCUGCUUUCAAGAGUCUUUCUUUGUCUUUGUCUUUCAAUAGUUAGAUCAUCAUGUGUCUAAGUGUGGAUCUCUGAAUUUGUGCUUCUUGGAGUUCAUUGAGCUCUUGAAUGUGUAAUGUUUUUCAUCAAAGUUUUAGAAGUUUUGGCCAUUGUUUCUUGAUGUAUUCUUCCUGUCUGUCUCUUGCUCUGUCUCUCUUCUCCUUCUGAGAUUCCCAUUAUGCAUAUGAUGAUAUGCUUAUGGAGUAAGACAGGUCUCUCAAUCUCUAUUUAUUUACUUUCAUUCUUUUUUCGUUUUAUUCCUCAGACUGGAUAACCUCAAUUGUCCCAUAUUCAAGUUUGCUGAUUCUUUCUGCUGCCUGCUCAAAUCUGCUGUUAAAUCUUUGGGCAGGAGGAUUGGGUUGCUCAAAUCUUAUACAUUUCAAAGAAAUGUUUAUCUUCAGGCCUGGCCAUUGGCUGGCCCCUGGAAGGUAGCCUCUGAGCCCUUGGAAUAUUCUUCCUGAUAUGAGUUUCUGUAUGCCAAAAGCCCUGAACCAUGCUGUAUUUAUGGUAUUUAUUGUAAACACCUGUUUUUGUAUGAUUAAGCCCUUGGGCUACACUGUACCAGUUUGACUGGAUAAGUUUAUCCUAGAAAAUUGAUUUAUGAUGAAUGCCUGGUUUUGCUCUGUGGUGAAGACUGGAUGGAGUUUGAGUAGCUGAGGUCAUUCAUAUGGGCACUGCAUGCCUACGUGACUGACCCCCAACAAAAGCUCUGGAUACCAAGGCUUAGGUGAGCUUUCCUAGCAACACUUCACAUGUGUAGUCACACAUUCCUGCUGGAACAAUUAAGGGCAUCCCCUCCACUGGGAGGGGAUACUUGGAAGUUUGAACCUGAUUUCUCCUGGACUUAAUCCAUGUAACUGCUCCCUCUGUCAACUGUGAUAUAUCCUUUUGCUGUAAUAAACUGUAACCCAUGAAUAUGGCAGUGUCUGAGUUCUGUGAGUCUUUCCAGUGAAUCAUUGAACCUGAGUAUGGUAUUGAAAAUUCCCAAUACAGCCCCUGUAGUGAAGUUUUCAUCUCAGUUAUUUUCCUGUUUAUUUCAGAAUUUCUGUUUCUUAUAAUUUAUAUCUUUUUAUUGAUAUUCUCUAUUUGUUGGGAUAUUAGUCUCAUACUUGCAUUUAGUUCUUUAGACACAGUUUCCUUUAGUUCUCUAGAUAUAUUUAAAAUAACUGAUUUAAAGUACUUGCCUAGUAGGUCCAACUUCUAUGUUUCCUGGGCAGUUUCUAUUCAUUGAUUUCCCAUGUAUGAACCAUGCUUUCUUGAUUCUUUGCACAUUUAUAUGUGGUUUUGUGUGUUUUUGAAAACUGGAUCUUUUAAGUAAUAUGUUGAUCCUGGAAAUCAGAUUAUCCUCCCCACUUCUGCUCCCCAAAGCGUUGUUUUGUGACUUUUGUAAACUAAUCCUAUAAAGUCCAUAUUCUUGGUCAUGUGUAGCCACUGAAGUCUCCGCUUAGUUAUCUUAGUGGUCAGCUAAUAAUUAAGCAGAUAUUUUCUUACAUGCCUUUGCAAAGGAGUUCUGUGUGAAUGUUGGGGAAUGCUUUAAAAACUGAGACAGGCAGUUGAUAGCUCUGUGUUAGCAUUCACUGUCUGAUUGCACAGAGACUCAGGGUUAUCCCAAGGUGAGAGCAUAGGGCUUUCUUAGGUCUUUACUGAGCAGUCACACAGCCCUACACAUUCAUGUGUAGAUUCCAAAAAGAUAAUGAAACUUUUCAAAGCCUCUAUGGAAAUCUCAUUCCCUAAGCUUUUCCUGAUAAGUUCUUUGGUUAAUCAAUUGUUUGUCCCAGUUGUUAUCCACAAUUUUAGGCAGCUGGAAAGUUUAUAAAUUGCCUGUUUUCAAAAAUACCCCAGGGAGAGCUCUGAGUCAGGUCAAAUAAAGACAACUUUGCAAGUGGGUCAUCAAGGGAACUACCAGACAGGUAAAAUGACAAUUCUCUUCAUUAGAGGCUUAGAAGGAACUCUACCUUUGUUCCGUCUCUUUUGGGAGCUACCAAACAGCUGCUUUUCACCAUGAUUGCAGAAUGUUUUCAAAGCUACUAUGGUGCUGGAGAGGGAAAGAUGAGAAUAGGGCCAGGUAAAGUGCCAUGAAGCUUGCCGUUCUUACCAAGAUUCUACUGUUUUUCCUGAAUAAACCCACCCUGGAUUGCUAAAACUGUAGCAAAGUUUGGUUAACUUCUAGAGUUUUACACUUUUUAGUGCUGACAAUUUUUACCAGUUUUCUUAUUUGUUGAGAAGAGAAUUUUCUGUCUUUACCAUCUUUACAAACCCAGAGUAAUUUAAAAAUGUAAAUUGCAUGUUAUUUUUCUACUUCAAAUGCUUUAUUUCCAAUGUUUUUAGAAUAAAAUCCGAACUCCACAGUCAAAGUCUAUAAGACUAAUAGGACUCUGUUUACAUCUCCAGAAUCAUCUUUAAUCCCACUUCCCCCUCAUCAGUAUGUUCCAACAACACAGAGAUCCUUCAUAUUCUUGAGAGUCAAGCGUUACCUAACCCAGCUGCCUGUAGUAUAUAAAUAAUUGGUUUCUGACCGUUCUGUUGGUCCUCCACUUUUUUUCUGUUGGCCUUAUUUUCACCCCAAAUUCAAGUAUAUUGGAUAAGAGCCCCCCACCCAUUUGCCAGUCUCAGUA